AAAGAAAAAUUAAUUGUAGUGAAAGAAAGAAAGAAAGAAAGAAAGAGAGUGAAAAUGAAUGGAUGAGAGGUGGCACCAAUGAGAGGCUAUAGAAGCUUAUCCACUAUCAAAAAUCUAAUCUCUCCAUGAUCCAAACUAUAUCCAAAAAGCCAUUUCCCUUCACAUAUUCACAAAAGCCAAAAACACUCAAAAACCUUUUGCAUUGACACAUUAAUUGGAUUUACACAACACAACACCACAACACCACACACACAACAACAACAACAACAACAAGAAUGGCUUCCACUUCUUGCUUUCUCCACCACCAUGCUCUGACCACAGCAGCAGCCUCAGCUCGUUCCUCCUCAUCCUCAUCACAACGCCAAUGCAAUAUCAGAGCCCCAGCUCAACUAGUGUGUCGUGCCCAAAAGCAGGGGACCUCAAACGACGAUGAUUCCUCUGUCGUUUCUCGUCGUUUGGCUCUCACUGUCCUAAUUGGUACUGCUGCUCUUGGCUCUAAGGUUUCCCCUGCUGACGCUGCUUAUGGAGAAACUGCUAACAUUUUUGGAAAGCCAAAGACAAACACAGACUUUUUGCCGUACAGUGGAGAUGGAUUCAAGGUUCAGAUUCCAUCGAAAUGGAACCCAAGCAAAGAGAGGGAAUUCCCAGGUCAAGUUCUUAGAUAUGAAGACAACUUCGAUGCCACUAGUAAUCUUUCUGUUAUGAUCAUCCCAACUGAGAAGAAAUCCAUCACUGACUACGGUUCUCCUGAACAAUUUCUCUCCCAGGUGGACUUUUUGCUUGGAAAACAAGCCUACUUCGGCAAAACUGAUUCUGAGGGUGGUUUCGACUCUGAUGCAGUGGCGACAGCAAACAUAUUGGAGAGCUCGGCCCCAGUGAUCGGCGGGAAGCAGUACUACAAUUUGUCAGUGUUGACAAGAACAGCUGAUGGAGAUGAAGGAGGGAAGCACCAACUGAUCACGGCCACCAUCAAGGAUGGGAAGCUUUACAUUUGCAAGGCACAAGCUGGUGACAAGAGGUGGUUUAAGGGUGCUAGGAAGUUUGUUGAGGAUGCUGCUGGCUCAUUCAGUGUUGCUUAAUUUUAUUUUCACCUUUUUUUUUCUUUUCUUUCUUUUUAAUGGGAUUAAUGAAUAUCAUCAUGAUGAGUUUGUAUAUGUAAAAAAGAAAAAGUACCAAUUCAAGAUUGUGAUGGUGAUGAUAUGAUGAUGAUGAUGAUGAUCAUGCAUGAGCAAUUUUUAGUUUUCUUAUCCAAGUUAAAAAGAUCAUAAUAUGAUCAUAUAUAUCGUUUAGUACUUGAUUUAUCUUUUUGUACUAUUUUCCUUUUAUUUUUUCUUUCCAAGUCUUUCUUAGGAAGAAACGAUAUUGGUUUAAAAAUGUUUUGAGGAUGGUUAUUAUUUUGGAGGUGUAUUAAUGAUCUUGUGCAUAAAUAUUUGUUAUUGUUGUGUUGAUGAAAA